AAAACAAGAUUGAAGAAGGUGUAAAUGUGGCUGGCUUAAGUCGUCCUUGUCAGGCAGAUACCACAUUUGAAAGCAACAUGAACUAUGUCCUUCGUUUUAUGAUUGACUGUAAAGUACUUGGUGCUAAUUGGAUUGAACUGCCUACUGGAACAUGGUCAUUUGUAGACACUAAACAAUCGUUGGCACAAAUUGAAGUGAAUGUGAGAUACAAUCAAUUAAUAAGUCAUGCACCUGAAGGAGAUUGGUCUGACAUUGCUCCCUUAAGAAUUUUGAGUUUUGAUAUUGAAUGUGCUGGUAGAAAAGGUGUCUUUCCUGAGCCCAAUAUGGAUCCUGUCAUCCAGAUUGCUUCUGUUGUUCAAAUCCAAGGUCAAACAAAGCCAUUUGUUCGUAAUGUAUUCACUUUAGGUUCCUGUGCUCAUAUUGCUGGUUCUCAAGUCCUGUCGUUUGACGAUGAAAAGCAAUUGUUGCAGAAAUGGAGUGACUUUAUUCGCCAAGUAGAUCCCGAUGUUGUCAUUGGUUACAACACGACCAAUUUUGAUUUCCCUUACUUGUUGGACCGUGCGAAACAUUUAGGCGUCACCAAGUUUCCUUUCCUCGGAAGAAUCCAAGGCUUACAGACAGAAGCCAAAGAUGUCAAGUUUUCUUCCAAGGCUUAUGGUACAAGAGAAAACAAGUCGAUCAAUCUCGAUGGUCGUUUGCAACUCGACAUGCUUCAGGCUAUUCAACGUGAUUAUAAACUCCGUUCUUAUACCCUCAAUUCUGUCUCGGCUGAAUUCUUGGGUGAACAAAAAGAAGAUGUCCAUCACUCGAUCAUUACUGAACUUCAGAACGGAAAUGAAGAGACACGUCGUCGUCUUGCUGUUUACUGUCUUAAAGAUGCUUUUUUGCCUUUGCGAUUGAUGGAUAAGCUCAUGUUGCUCUUUAACUAUAUCGAGAUGGCGAGAGUGACAGGUAUUCCGUUCAAUUAUAUCUUGGUUCGUGGUCAACAGAUCAAAGUGGUGUCUCAACUGUACCGUCGUGCACUCGAAAAGGACUUGGUGAUUCCUGUCUUGAAAUCAGCGACCAUGGAAGAACCCUAUGAAGGUGCUACUGUCAUUGAACCUGAGCGUGGUUAUUACGAUGUCCCGAUUGCCACACUGGAUUUCACUUCCUUGUAUCCCUCUAUCAUGCAGGCACAUAACCUGUGUUACACAACCUUACUGUUACCCGAAACCGUGCAUAAAUUAGGUUUGGUCAAAGACGUAGACUAUGAAAUCACACCCAACAAUGACAUGUUUGUCAAAGCCUCACGUCGCAAGGGCGUCUUGCCUGAAAUCCUGAGUGACCUGUUGGCUGCUCGUAAGCGUGCCAAGAAUGACCUUAAGAAAGAAACAGAUCCCUUUAAACGUGCUGUCUUGGAUGGUCGUCAAUUGGCCUUGAAGAUCAGUGCUAACUCGGUCUAUGGUUUCACAGGUGCAACUGUAGGUAAAUUACCUUGUCUCCAAAUUUCUUCUAGUGUCACUGCUUAUGGUCGUGGCAUGAUUCUCAAGACAAAAGAGAAAGUAGAAGAGCAUUUCACGAUCAAGAAUGGAUACAAGCAUGAUGCCAAGGUUAUUUAUGGUGAUACAGAUUCUGUCAUGAUCAAAUUUGGUGUCGAUAAUUUGAAGGAAGCCAUGGCCUUAGGUAGAGAAGGUGCCACUUUAGUCACUCAAGAGUUUGUUCGUCCCAUCAAUCUUGAUUUUGAAAAGGUUUAUUUCCCUUAUCUGUUGAUCAACAAGAAACGAUAUGCUGGUCUGUAUUGGACAAGAGAAGACAAAUACGAUAAAUUAGAUGCCAAAGGUAUUGAGACAGUGCGUCGUGAUAAUUGUCGUCUUGUACAAAAUGUAGUGUCUAAAUGCCUUGACAAGAUGUUGAUUGAACGCGAUGUAGAAGGUGCUCAAGCGUUUGUGAAACAGACGAUUGCUGAUCUCUUACAGAACAAGGUCGAUUUAUCUCAGCUGGUGAUUACAAAAGCACUCAGUAAAGCAGACUAUACCAAUAAACAACCGCAUGUCGAAUUAGCUGAGCGUAUGAGGAAGCGUGAUGCUGGUUCAGCCCCUGCCUUGGGUGAUCGUGUUGCUUAUGUGAUUAUCAAGGCAAGUAGUAAUACGCCUGCUUAUGAGCGAUCUGAAGAUCCCUUGUAUGUGCUGGACAACAAUAUUCCUAUUGAUACAAAAUAUUACCUUGAAAAUCAACUUUCCAAGCCAUUAUUACGUAUUUUUGAACCUAUCUUGGGUGACAAGACAGAAAGUUUAUUAUCGGGUGCCCAUACACGUACAGUCAAUAUCUCUACACCUACUGUAGGUGGCUUAAUGCGAUUUGCAGUCAAGAGUGCUACUUGUUUAGGUUGUAAAGCACCUUUGCCUAAAGGAGAUACCUCGGCUGCUUGUAAACAAUGCAAAGAUCGUUUGCCUGAACUCUAUAGUCAUCAAUUAGAACUUACCAACAAGCUCUCUGUCAAAUUCUCGAGACUCUGGACACAAUGCCAACGUUGUCAAGAGUCAUUACAUCAAGAUGUGAUUUGUUCCAACAAUGAUUGUUCUAUCUUUUAUAUGCGUAAAAAGGCACAAAAAGAUAUGGAUGAAGCAACUGAGAAAUUAGAACGCUUUGAUUAUGAAUGGUAAAGACAGUCCAAUCACGUGAUGUAAUAAAGAGCCAUGCAUUCAUCAAGUGGACGACGUGUCUCUUUUU